AUGGCGGACGCACCACCGACCGCGCCGGCCAUUGACCCGGCCGAGCUGGCGACAUGCAUCCGCGUGCUCGAGACCUUCCGCGACGACCUCGAGUCCUUCAAGCUGCCGCAGUUCAAGGCGCUGCGCAAGGCUGUGCUGCCGCUCUGCGAGGACAUCCGCAGCCGUGUCUUCCACGGCAACGAUGUGCAGACGCACGACCAGAAGCGGCUCAAGAAGCAGGAGCGGAAGCGCAAGGUGGCCCAAGCUGCCGCCCUCGACCGGCAGUUUAUCAACAACACGAAGCUCCGCAAGCAGCGCCUCGAUGCGCUCGACAGCCUCACGGCCGCCAACCCGGCCUUUCCGCAAAUCCCGGACGGCGCCGUGCCGCUGCUGACAAACGAAGCGACCGAGGAUACGCCGGACGAGCCCAUGGCCGGUGAGGACACGCCGCAGCUCCAUGGCUUCCGGUCGUGCUACGUCUGUAAGAAACGCUUCGAUACGCUGCAUCACUUUUAUGACCAGCUCUGCCCCGCGUGCGCAACGCUCAACUUUGAGAAGCGGCUUCAAUCCGCCGACCUUACGGGCUACAAGGCGCUGGUCACGGGCGCGCGUGUCAAGAUUGGCUACCACACGGCGCUCAAGCUGCUGCGUGCGAACGCCGUCGUCGUGGCGACCUCGCGCUUCCCGCACGAUGCGGCCAUUCGGUACGCCAAGGAGCCCGACUACGAGGCGUGGAAGGACCGACUGCAUGUGUACGGCAUGGAUUUGCGCGACCUGGCCGGCGUCGAAGCGUUCAUGACCAACAUUGGUCAGCUCUUUGGCUGGCUCGAUAUUGUCAUCAACAAUGCGACGCAGACCAUUCGCCGCCCGACCGCCUACUACCAACAUUUGCUCGAAAACGAACGGACGCGCCUCGAUGAAAAGCCGAUUGCAAUCCAAGGCAUCCUCAAGGAAAACGCCAAGUUUCAGCACACGGUCCAGGCGUCGGGGCCGCUCAUGCUCGGGACAUCCGAGCCGUCCUCGCUCUCGACGACGACGGGGCUUGCGUCGACGUCCAAGUCGGCGGAAAUGUCGCAGCUCCAAGUGCACUCGGAAGACGCGCUGCCGAGCGACGAGAAGGCGACGCUGUUCCCCGUCUCGCAGCUCGAUACGAACGCGCAGCAGGUCGACUUGCGCAGCACCAACUCGUGGAAGCUCAAGAUCGACCACGUCGAGUCGCCAGAGCUGGCCGAAGUGUUUGCAAUCAACACGCUCGCGCCGUUCAUCCUCAACAAGCGCGCGAUCCAGCUCUUUGCCGAGAGCCCGAACGCGCACAAGUUUAUCAUCAACGUGUCGGCGAUGGAAGGCAAGUUUUACCGCUACAAGACGCCGCACCACCCGCACACCAACAUGGCCAAGGCCGCCGUCAACAUGAUGACGCGCACCUGCGCCGACGACCUCGCGGCGCGCGGCAUCUACAUGAACUCGGUCGACACGGGCUGGAUCAACGACGAGAACCCGCGCGAGAAGGCCCAAGCGAUCGCCAAGGAGCACAACUUUCAGACACCGCUGGAUGAAAUUGACGCGGCCGCGCGCAUUCUGGACCCGAUCUUUGGCGGCUUUCAAGUGGCGCCGCCGACGUUUCCCGCCGGUCAGUUCUUCAAGGACUACCUCCGCUCCGAGUGGUAAUGCAGCCACGUCCAAUGCCCUUCCCUUGCUCGUGUCGUUGUCGAGACCGUGUACCGAGAAGAAGACUGUGUUUUUUGCAGCCA